AUGACGAACUCGCCAUUCUCGAUAUCAAAGUUCUUGAAGAUUGCCUUUGCUGUUAUUGUGGUCAUCCUUGUUCCCACCUCAUCAGGUGAUGGUAUGCCCAUGAGUUGCCACACACAGAGUACGAUAAACAUGGCUACAACCAGUCUUAUCAUCUGUGAUAAAUUGCCUAUAGAGGCCGCCCGAACUGAAGGCAUAUUGGC